GCGCUCCCGAUAAAUUAAAAAAGCACGACGCGUUUGCCGAAUGAUAUGUCAAUUUUUCACUUUUCUGUCGAUUUAUGUUCAGAACUUAUUUUAUAAAAAGUGCUGGAAAUACUAAUUAAACAAUAAAAUGUCGAUCCUAGCGUACAAUGGAGGUGCGGUGGUGGCGAUGAAGGGCAAGGAUUGUGUGGCGAUCGCGACCGACAAGCGCUUCGGUAUCCAGGCACAAACUGUGUCCACCAACUUUCCCAAAGUAUACCAGAUGGGUCCCACACUUUACGUCGGCUUGCCUGGCCUCGCCACUGACACACAAACUGUAUAUCAGCGGCUGAAAUUCAGAAUGAAUUUAUAUGAAUUGAAGGAGAACAGAUUGAUGAGGCCAAAGACAUUCACAGCUAUGCUCUCCAACCUGCUCUACGAGAAGCGCUUUGGCCCUUAUUUCAUUGAGCCCGUCAUAGCCGGACUUGACCCUUAUGAUAACACACCAUAUGUCUGCAAUAUGGAUCUGAUUGGCUGCCCCAAUGAGCCCGAAGACUUCGUAGUUUCUGGCACAUGCUCAGAGCAACUGUAUGGCAUGUGUGAGGCUCUCUGGGAACCCAAUCUCAAACCUGAUGAACUUUUCGAAACUAUCUCCCAGGCGCUAGUGAACGCGGCGGAUCGCGAUGCGAUCUCAGGUUGGGGCGCGGUAGUUUACGUUAUUGAAAAGGACAAAAUCACCGAGAAGCAUGUCAAAACGAGGAUGGACUAAGUGCUUUAUAUAUGUGGCUGGCUGCAGUUUUAUUAUUAAAAUUCUUGAA